CAGCAGCAGACUGGAUGUCUGGAUGAGAGGGAGCAAUCAGCAUUGAUCAGCCAGAACCACUGUGGUCCUGUCACGUAAACACUGCCAGCACAGGCACUAAGAGGAGAGGACGAGAGUGAGCACGGUGGCUGCCGGGAGACAAUGGCCAGGGAUCAGUUUGCUGCGUGUUCUCCUCAGCUCCUGCUGCGUUGUUGGGGAGCAGUGCUGCUGCUUCAGUGCUUGUCCUCUGUGUUCUCUCAGAUCCCAGAUCCUGAGCUUUUGCCAACAGAUCCUCCUAAAAAGCCGGAUCCGGUCACCUCAGAGACUGUGGUUUUUUGGGGGCUGCGGUUGUGGCAGGUCAUUGGCAUCUUUGCAGUGUUUGUCCUCGCGGUUGUUAUCACACUCUGCUGUAUAUUCAAAUGCCGGAUACCGAGGACCAAAAAAGAAAUUGAAGCGCGACACGCUCAAAGACAGGCAGCUAAGAAAUACGCCAACACACUGGAGACGGUGCCACCUCUGAACGAGCUGACAGAGAUCCCAGGAUCCGCCAAAGCAGCAGAAAGUGAAGAGGUUUCAACAGUCUCUGGUAAAGUGGAUGCUGCUAAAGGAGAGAAGAAGCCCAAGGAAAGCAAGAAAGAGGGCAAGGGUACCAAAGAAGGAAAAAGUGAAGAAAAUGACACAUCACCAAAGAAAAAGGGUGAAAAGGGAGCAUCUAAGAAAGAAGACAGUGAAGGAAAAGGAAAGAAAUCUGGAGAAAAAGGAGAUAAAGGCGGAAAAGGAGGAGCAAAGAAAGCAUCAGGGCAAAAAUAAACUCUGCCUUAGACUGAAAAAGACCUUUUUUUGUUCUCAUUGCAACCAUUUUGGAUACUUUUUCAAACCCACUGUUUAUAUCAUUUAAUAAAAGAAUGUAAAAACAAUCAAGAAAA